CUCUAACAUUGCACAUAUAGGGAACCGAACAAAAUUCCACCAACUCAAAAUUUUCAUUUUCAACAAAAAAUCUCUCCACACACUCCAAGAUCAUACUCCUACAAUACUCUGCACUCUAAUGUCUUCUUCCUCACUCUUUGAACUUGCGCUCUAAUGGAGCUUGCUUACCGCACUCCAUUUUCUCUCUCCUCCCCUCCCAAAUUCUUCAAUCCUCAGAAGCUUCGUUCCUUGAAUCUCACUCGCAUUUCCCCUCAAUUCCCCUCAAUUUCAUCUGGGUUUCUUCCAAAUUCAAGAACUGGGCGAUUAAUGGUGAAUGCAAGUGAAACUAGCGCAGAAAUUGAGAAUGUAGUUGCCGAAAACACUCAUGAAACGACGCGUUUUGAAAUCUCUGACGGACUUCCGACGCCGUUUGGGGCAAACGUUCGUGAUGGGGGUGUUAAUUUUGCUAUAUUUUCUGGGCAUUCUGUUUCUGCUACUCUUUGUUUGAUCACUCUUUCUGACUUGCAACAGAAUAAAAUAACUGAGCAAAUCUCACUUGAUCCACUAGUUAACAGGACUGGAGGUGUAUGGCAUGUGUUUUUGAAGGGAAACUUUGAUGAUAUGCUAUAUGGUUACAAAUUCGAUGGCCCAUACUUACCAGAAGAAGGACACUACUAUGAUUCUUCUCGCAUAAUAUUGGACCCUUAUGCAAAAGCUGUUAUCAGCAGGGGGGUCUAUGGUGAGCUUGCACCUGACCGUAAUUGUUGGCCUCAAAUGGCUGGCAUGAUUCCAUCUCAGAAUGACGAGUUUGAUUGGGAAGGAGAUCUACCACUUAAGCACCAACAGAGAGAGCUUAUAAUAUAUGAAAUGCAUGUCCGUGGUUUUACAAUGCACGAAUCAAGCAGGACCAACUUCCCGGGCACUUAUCUUGGCAUGAUAGAAAAACUUGACCACUUAAAGGAACUUGGGAUUAAUUGCUUAGAGUUAAUGCCAUGUCAUGAGUUCAAUGAGCUAGAGUAUUACAGCUACAAUCCUGCUAUGGGUGAUUACAAGAUGAACUUUUGGGGUUAUUCUACUAUCAAUUUUUUUUCACCCAUGAUAAGAUAUGCAUCUUCUGGAAUACGCAAUUGUGGCCGUGAUGCCAUAGAUGAGUUCAAACUUCUUGUUAGAGAAGCGCAUAAAAGGGAUAUUGAGGUUAUCAUGGAUGUAGUCUUUAAUCACACAGCCGAAGGAAAUCAGAAAGGUCCAAUUUUGUCUUUCAGAGGCAUUGACAACUGUGUUUUUUAUAUGCUUGCACCCAAGGGGGACUUUUACAACUAUUCAGGUUGUGGAAAUACUUUCAAUUGCAAUCAUCCUGUUGUACGUCAGUUCAUUGUGGACUGCUUAAGAUACUGGGUCACAGAAAUGCAUGUGGAUGGCUUUCGCUUUGAUUUGGCUUCUAUAUUGACUAGGGGCAGCAGUCUCUGGGAUACUGCUAAUGUUUAUGGGAAUAAAACAGAAGGUGAUUUGCUUACAACUGGCACACCAUUGAGCAGUCCCCCACUGCUUGAUAUGAUCAGUAAUGAUCCUGUGCUAUGCAGAGUAAAGCUCAUUGCAGAAGCAUGGGACUGCGGAGGGCUUUACCAAGUUGGUGGUUUUCCUCAUUGGGGCAUUUGGUCAGAAUGGAAUGGAAAGUAUCGUGACAUGGUGCGGCUCUUUAUCAAAGGAACAGAUGGAUUUUCUGGUGCUUUUGCUGAAUGCCUUUGUGGAAGCCCGAAUCUGUACAAGGAGGGAGGAAGGAGACCAUGGCAUAGUAUCAACUUUGUCUGUGCACAUGAUGGUUUUACCUUGGCUGACUUAGUGACAUACAGUGAUAAACAUAAUUUGGCAAAUGGGGAAAACAAUAUGGACGGGGAGAAUCACAAUAACAGCUGGAACUGUGGGCAGGAGGGUGAAUUUGCCAGUAUGACUGUGAAGAAAUUGAGGAGGCGACAGAUGCGGAAUUUUUUCCUUUGCCUCAUGGUUUCCCAGGGUGUUCCUAUGAUGUACAUGGGUGAUGAAUAUGGCCACACAAAAGGAGGAAAUAACAACUCAUACUGCCAUGAUAACUAUAUCAACUAUUUUCGGUGGGAUAAGAAGGAGGAGGCUACUAAUGAUUUCUUCAGAUUCUGCCGUCUGAUGACCAAAUUUCGAAGUGAAUGCGAGUCACUUGGUUUGAAUGAAUUUCCAACAUCUGAAAGACUGCAAUGGCAUGGCCACAUCCCUGAGCAUCCAGAUUGGUCCGAGACAAGUCGUUUUGUGGCAUUUACUUUGAAAGACUUGGUAAAGGGAGAAAUAUAUGUUGCUUUCAACACCAGUCAUAAACCAGUCACCGUGACUUUGCCUGAUCGCCCUGGUUACCGAUGGGAGCCACUGGUAGACACCAGCAAGCCAACACCAUUUGACUUUCUGUCUGAUAAUGUGUCGGAAAGAGAGAUAGCAGUUCAGCAGUUUGAGCAUUUCCUUGAAGGCAAUUUGUACCCAAUGCUGAGUUAUUCUUCCAUCAUUCUGUUGCUGAAGCCUGAUGUUGAUACAAGUUCAUAGGUCACACACCCUAUUACCAAUUUACCAUACAUAAUAUGUACAUUUUAGUUUACAGCAUGUAUAAUUAGGUUAGAGCAGUAAAUAAUGCGAUGGAUACGAGAGGAGAUGAUAGAUGGAUAUUUGUUAAUGUAGAUUUGCUGUGGUUCUAGGCUUAGAAAUGAUAUCUCAUGUACAGAUAUUCAGACCUUAUCUCUUUCAAUAAUAGAUCAAUAAAAGCUUGAUUACGAUUUUCCC